GCGCAGCCCGUGACGCUGCGGACACCGCGGAGCUGGGGAUUAAUGGGAAAAGUUUUGGCAGUAUCCUGAGAAUCCUGCGGAGCGUGCGGGACAGCGGUAGCGCAUCGGGAGGUGGCCAGGACAGUGUUGAGUGGUGGUCUGGGCAUGCGCAUGGUACUCACACAGUGGCUUCUGCUCACCAACAGAUGAGGACAGAUGCACCAAAGAGGAUGAUGGGGACUGCCCUGUGAGGUCCGUCUGCGUUCAGACCCAGAUGAUGCCAGAGCUAUGACCGGGCCUGCAGGUGUGGUGCCGAGGGGAAGUCAGCCAUGGAGCAGCCACAGGAGGAAGCCCCUGAGGUCCGGGAAGAGGAGGAGAAAGAGGAAGUGGCAGAAGCAGAAGGAGCCCCAGAACUCAAUGGGGGACCAGAGCAUGCUCUUCCUUCCAGCAGCUACUCAGAUCUCUCUCAGAGCUCCUCACCACCGUCACUACUGGACCAGCUGCAGAUGGGCUGUGACGGGGCUUCAGGCGGCAGCCUCAACAUGGAGUGCCGAGUGUGCGGGGACAAAGCGUCAGGCUUCCACUAUGGCGUUCAUGCCUGUGAGGGGUGCAAGGGCUUCUUCCGCCGGACGAUCCACAUGAAGCUGGAGUAUGAGAAGUGUGAGCGCAGCUGCAAGAUCCAGAAGAAGAACAGGAACAAGUGCCAGUACUGCCGCUUCCAGAAAUGCCUGGCUCUGGGCAUGUCCCAUAAUGCCAUCCGCUUUGGCAGGAUGCCGGAGGCCGAGAAGAGGAAGCUGGUGGCCGGACUGACCAGUGAGGGGAGCCGACACAAUCCACAGGUGGCUGACCUGAAGGCUUUCUCCAAGCACAUCUACAAUGCCUACCUGAAAAACUUCAACAUGACCAAAAAGAAGGCUCGUGGCAUCCUCACGGGCAAGGCCAGCCACACGGCGCCCUUUGUGAUCCACGAUAUCGAGACAUUGUGGCAGGCAGAGAAGGGCCUGGUGUGGAAGCAGCUGGUCAACAGCCUGCCGCCCUACAAGGAGAUCAGCGUACACGUCUUCUACCGCUGCCAGUGCACCACCGUGGAGACCGUGCGUGAGCUCACCGAGUUCGCCAAGAGCAUCCCCAGCUUCGGCAACCUCUUCCUCAACGACCAGGUGACACUCCUCAAGUACGGUGUGCACGAGGCCAUCUUCGCCAUGCUGGCCUCCAUCAUCAACAAGGACGGGCUGCUGGUGGCCAAUGGCAGUGGUUUCGUCACCCGUGAAUUCCUGCGCAGCCUCCGAAAGCCCUUCAGUGACAUCAUUGAGCCCAAGUUUGAGUUCGCUGUCAAGUUCAAUGCCCUGGAACUGGACGACAGUGAUCUGGCUCUGUUCAUUGCCGCCAUCAUCCUGUGUGGAGACCGGCCAGGCCUCAUGAACGUGCCGCAGGUCGAGGCCAUCCAGGACACCAUCCUUCGUGCGCUCGAGUUCCACCUGCAGGCCAACCACCCAGACGCCCAGUACCUCUUCCCCAAGCUGCUGCAGAAGAUGGCUGACCUGCGGCAGCUGGUCACCGAGCACGCCCAGAUGAUGCAGUGCAUCAAAAAGACAGAGACUGAGACCUUGCUGCACCCCCUGCUCCAGGAGAUCUACAAGGACAUGUACUGA